AUGUCCAAGAAUUCAUCAUCCGAGUCAUUGUUGUCGAUUGUGGUACCAUCCAACACUCACUCCAAUUUUCAUAUUGCUACUCUCUAUACUCAACACCUGUCUUCUCAACCUUCUCAAAUCAAUGUCGAUGAAAGUUCUCAAAUUAACUCUCUUCAAACUCUCUUUUCAUCUUUGCAUGUGAAAUUAAAUUCAGAACAACAAGAAUUCAUUCAAGUCAUUGAAGAAUUGAGUCAAGUAUUGAAAUCAUCACAACAAGCAACCAAUAUGGAAAGCUUACUCUCUAAAUUGAAUGAUCAUUUAGCUUUUCAUUCCUAUCUCGUGAAUGAUACUUUGAGUGUGGUCGAUGUUGUGUUUUAUGUUUAUUUAUAUUCACCUGAGGCUAUUGGUAAAUUAACAAAAAAACAACAAUCACAAUAUAUUCACUUGAUUCGUUAUGUGAGUCAUUUGAAGAACAAGUUCAAGUAUGAUACUUUGAAUGCUGUCAAGUUGUACUUGUCUCCUACGAAAUUCCAAUUACGAAAUUUAUUAUCGGGAGAUGCUCGUUCCAGUAGUGGAUUAAAUACCAACAAGGGUGCUGCUGCUGUUGCUGUUGGUGGUAGUAAUGAUGAAAAUGCCAGCGCCACCACCGCCAAACAAGGCUCAUCCAAUAAGAAGGAAAAGGCUUCUGCUUCCUCAGCAAGUACAACAACAAGUAGUAGUAGUAGCAAAGCCUCCUCAACCUCAGCCACCACCACCACCACAGAAGAAUCUUCUUCUCAAUCCACCACUACCACUACCACUACCACCAUCAAUCCCAACACCAUUGCACUCACUGUGGGUUAUGUCUUGUCUUGUGAAGAUCAUCCUGAAGCAACCAAACUCUAUGUUGAAAAGAUUGCCAUCACUCCUGAUCAUCAAUCCAAAAUUCUCACCAUUUGCAGUGGAUUGAAAGGUAAAGUUGAAAAGGAUCAAAUUGCUCACAAAUUGGUACUCUUAAUGACCAAUUUAAAAUCCUCAAAAAUGGUUGGAAUUGAAAGUGAAGGAAUGCUGCUCGCUGCUACUGAUGAUUCUACAGGUCAAGUACAAGUAUUAACAUUUAAUACCAAUGAGGGUUUACAAGCAGGAGAUCGAGUCAUUGUGGAUGGUUUUGAUGUUUGUGAAGUGGAUAAACAAAUUAAGAGUGACAAAUUAGCAAAGAAGAUUAUUCCAUUCAUGUCCACCAAUGAGAAUGGUGUUGUGGUAUGGAAUCAAACCCAUGAAUGGAGAGUAUUAGGAAAACCAAACAUUCAACCUGUGUCCUCGUUCAAGAAGGCACCUGUCAAGUAA